UUGCACAAGAUGAUGACUCGCAGCAGAGCACGUGAGGAGAAACAGGAUAUAGAGGGUUAAAUUGUCUUGAUUGGGAGUGCCUUUACUUUUAUUCUCUGAUAAAUCCAUAUGGUACUUAUCUAUAAAUUAUUUUCCCUUGUUUCGGAACAGGUCCCCAAAUCAAAAUUUUUUUUUCAUGUAGCUAAGCCAACUUUUACAAAUUUAAUUAUUUGUGUCUAUAGUGCUAUAGGAUGGCUGACCACCAUUCAACCCGGCUAACCUGCAUGCAUUUUUUUUUUCUCUUUUAGAACCACCCUUAAGAGAACUAAAAGUUGGGGGCAUGCUCAUUUGGAUCCUGACCUUCUUUUUCUGUUUCACCCAGCCGGCAACGUGCAGUAAGUCCAUAUCAAGGUUAAACUAUGGAGUCGUUUUUAAGAACAUUGCUGAUUUACAUCUUGCAAAUGAACAUUGGGUUCACACUUUUGAAUUGCCAAUUCCGGAAAAACUAACACUCCCUGUUAUAGGGAAUUGUCAUAGAGACAAUGAAACGUGUAUAAUGGUGAGCCAUGUGUUGGCUCAAAUAAACACGAUCAGGGCCGAAACAUCCUUUCGAAUGGAUGAUACAAUUGAUGCGAUUAAACGCCUUAUGCCAGAAUAUCAAGGAAAAAUGUCACGUAGGCGGAGGAGCCUCCUGCCAUUUAUUGGACAAUUGUCUAAGUCUUUGUUCGGAACUGCUACUGAAGAACAGGUUAAUAUGCUUGCCCGUCACAUAAAUGCUCUUACUCGGAAAACUAUGAAAAUACUGGACACAUUGGAACAACAUGGGGAUCACUUAAGUUCAUUUAUGCAAACAGCAAAUGCUAGGAUGGAUAAUUUAAUGGACGGGAUAAAAACUAACAAAAUUGAAAUUGGUUAUGUUCACAACCUACUAAUAUCCUCUACUAAAAAUUUACAAUAUAAUUUUAACAAAAUGAUGGAAACUCUAACUCUUCAACUAAAUCAAUCUAGCCACUUGAACCACAUUCUAGAUGAAUAUAAAAAUGGAAUUGUUAGCUUAGCUGAAGGGAAAUUAUCGCCUAUUAUCAUACCAGUCAGAAUAAUGGAGAAAACGAUGUCAUAUAUUCAAAAUCUUUUAAAUACCAAAUAUCAAGGUUUUUAUAUUACUUACAAAACAGUUCAACAGGUAUAUUCACAGGCAAAAUUUGUUUGUGGCAGACACAAGAAUAGCAUCUUUAUUUCUGUAAAAUUCCCCUUAACUGUGCAAAAGGAACCAAUCAAGCUCUUUAAAGUAAUAAGUCUCCCUGUUCCCAUCAAUUCUUCUUCAACUCAUGGUACACAGGCUUUAGAUCUUCCUUAUUUUUUCGCAAUAACUUCAAGCAAGCAACAUUAUAUGACAUUAAACCAAAAUGAUUUAAUGGAUUGUCAUGGAACAAAAUAUAUUCAUUGCUCUGAAAAUAAGCCUUUGAUUCCAUUAACCUCCCAAAGUUGUGUGCUAGCUUUAUUUAGUAAUAACAUGGAUUCUGUUCAUUCCAUUUGCAACUUCAGAUUUGUCCAAAAUAUCAUUGAGCCAAAGGUUAUUGAAUUGGAUCAAAACUCAAUUUUAUUGUAUAGAACACCUCUUUUGUCAGUUGAGUGCAAACAUCAACAUAAAAUGAUGCAAGGUUGUGACUUUUGCAUUAUCAAUUUGCCUUGUCAAUGUUCUGUUAUGACAUCAAACUUUUAUUUACCACCAAGAUUGGUAGCCUGUCAAAAUUUCACACAUGAAAUUUCUAAAGUGCAUCAUAUAAACCUUAUUUUAAUACAAAAAUUCUUUGAUAAGCCAUUCUAUAAAAACAUGUUUGCAGACUCAGCUUUUGCUCAACCUGUUAAUGUGUCUCUGCCAAAAUUUAAACUAUUUGAACAUAAAAUGCAUUCAAUUAUAGCUAAUGAUGAAAAGGCUCACUUGAACCUGUCUCGAAUGGUGAGUCUAGCCAAACAAGAUUCAGCUGCUUUCCAAUCUUUAACAGAGCCACUCAUUGAGGGACUUAUAAACAUUCAAUCAAACUGGCCAGAUCUUAACUCUAUUUUCAUUUUUUCAACUCUGGGUGUUACAGUAGGCUUAGUUAUUUUUGCCAUUUGGUCUUGUUUAAAAAUAAGAAAACUUACAAUGGCAGUUGCAAUUCUUAAUAAUAUUAAGACUGUGAGAGCAUCUACCUCACCUAUUCCAUCAUUUAUAUACAAAGUAUCAACUGAAACAUCUUGAAGAUAGUUCAUUUCCAAAUAUUAAUAUUGACUUGACCUGGGAACAUGUUAUCUUAUUUGUUUGUCUGUUACACUUUCUUUUU